AUGCGACUGCUACACACCACGAGACUAACAUUAGAAACGCCCACGGGUGUCCAACCUUAUGCCAUCUUAUCUCACCGAUGGCUUGCGGACAGCGAAGAAGUCUCCUUCCAAGACUUGCAGCACAUGUCAGUUUCUCCCAGUGAAGGGUCUCACGAUAAUCAUGCAGGCUUAACGAAACUCCAAGGAGCGUGCAAACAAGCCUCUCGAGCUGGUCUCGAGUAUAUUUGGAUUGACACCUGUUGCAUCGAUAAAACCAGCAGCGCAGAGUUAUCAGAAGCGAUCAAUUCCAUGUACGCAUGGUACCAGGAAUCCGCUGUGUGCUACGUUUACUUGCACGAUGUCGAUAACGAUGCCGUUAGGGAGAACCCUAAAUUUGCUCUCGAAAACGCCGAAUGGUUCAAAAGAGGAUGGACCUUACAAGAGUUAAUCGCUCCCGAUAAUGUCUAUUUUUUUGACACGGACUGGACCAGGAUCGGGAGCAAGGCGACAUUUGCGACUAUCCUGAAUGAAAUCACCCACAUCCGCAAAGAUGUUCUGUUGGGCAAUCCAUGCGAACCUAGUAUCGCGGAGAAAAUGUCAUGGGCUGCGGGGCGAAAGACGCGGAAAAUAGAGGACAGAGCGUAUUCUCUGAUGGGGUUAUUUAACAUCCAUAUGCCCAUCAUUUACGGAGAAGGAGAGAAAGCUUUCAAACGCCUGCAGCUCGAGAUCAUGAAGUCAUCUGAUGAUCAAACCAUUUUCGCCUGGCUAGAUACACUGACUCAACCCAGCUUUGUCAGAGAUCGCGGACUAUUGGCAUCUACACCUGACGUUUUCAAGUGUCCCGUGUGGCUGCAUUUACUCGCAGGGCCCGGGUACCGAGGUUACAGUCCUUCUCAUUGGGGUCGAACAUCACCGUCCUUGGGUACACCUCUACACAGAUCCUAA